AUGCUUUCGACGAGAAUGACAUCAGUUGAUUGCUUUCUUCACACCACCAGAAUCAGUUUCUCAUUUUGUUUUCUCUGGAUUGUCUCAAAUCUUUUCAUUGUCAGCGCCAUACCGGUUGACGUCAAGGAGUAUCUUGGAAUCGAUGCAUGCUCCGCGUAUCUGCCAAAAGCUGGCAUUCUUGCGUCCACCGUACAAGGAGGAAUUGAGGUUAUUGCUCUGAAUUCAUCCACGUCAUUGGCCGAUUGCUCCUUGGAAGCCUUGGAUUGGGUCGAUCCGUCGAAUCCCUACAAACGCUGUCGAACUGCAUGCUGGUAUCAAGUUGCCCCAAGUAAGUCAAUGAAAAACCAAUGCCUUUGUCUUGUGGAUCCAAUCUGGAUGCCACGUUCCGAAAUGAACAAUGAAAAAGCGUCAUCGUCACGAUUGCUUUGGCCAUGUCAAGAUGAUAGCGAUUGUAGUCACAAUGGCCGUUGUCGUUCAGAUGGUCGUUGCCAGUGCUCGGAGGCCUGGAAAGGACCGACCUGUGGCGAACUUGAUCUACUUGAAGUGGACAAGACCAAACUUGGUUUCCGACAAGUGGAUGACUAUGAUGGAUCCAAUAUUUCGUCAUGGGGUGCAGGUAUUCUAUGGGACGAAACGUCGCAAUUGUGGCAUGGAUUUGCCUCCGAAAUUCAAAACAAUUGUGGCAUUAAUGCGUGGGAGACCAACAGCCGUAUUGUUCAUAUCACUGGAAACUCACCACACGGUCCAUUUCAGAAACGCAAGGUUGUCGUUCCUGCCUUUUCGCACGAGCCUUCUGUCGUUCGUGGUCCUCAUGGAGAAUGGGUCAUGCUUUUUUCGUCGUAUCGUUACAAUGCCACAGGCCUAGAUGCUGUUCUCUGCAAGAGCUGCCAAGGCGGCGUUACGCCAGAGAUAUCUGACAGAUGCCCCUACCAGCUCGGCAAUCCCCAAAAUCUACAUCACAGAUUUCAACAAAUGAUGUCAACGGCGCAAUCACCAUUUGGGCCAUGGUCGCCGCCCAUUGAAAUACCACAACUCUCCACUGGGUGGGACUGGAACACGGACCUUACCAUCAACGCUGAUGGAUCCGCAGUCGCUCUCAUCCGAGGAGGUACAACUGUCUAUGCCUCCAACUACUCUGAUCCUACUACCUGGAAGAUCAAUGGAGAUCCAAAGUCACUACCACUACUACUACUACUACUACUCCAACACAAGGGAUGGGAUGGUGCCUCGGUAGAAGACCCUUACAUUUGGCAGCAAAAUGGUGUCUACCAUGCACUGGCACAUGCGUUCUUGCCCUUUUAUGGAGUGCAUGCCUAUGCUCCCAUUCCGCCAGCCUCCUUUGAUUGGGACUCGUACCCAUUGAAUUGGACCGUCACUGGGAUUGCCUAUGACAAUCUUGUCAACUUUACCGACGGUACCCAGCAUGCCUAUGCCCGAAGGGAACGGCCGCACCUUGUUUGGGGUCCAUCCGGAAAGAAGAUUCUGGCACUCAGCAAUGGUGUCCAAUUCGAUGGCAAACUUCGUGAACAUUACAAGGACGGAGUGUUUACUUUGGUACAACCAGUGCGCCAUCUUACACAGAGACGACCCAUUUCGCAAAUCAUAGAAUCAUAG